AUGGAUCGAGCUAUUGCCCGCGCGGUGACCGAAAAGAAACCGGUCCCGGAGAUCGAUUUCACAUUGCAUACGAUGGAGGACAACACGCAGGUGUCGACAAUGGAGCGGGUGGUCAAAGAGGUCCAAGCGCCCGCCCUGAGUUAUCCUCCGGAUGAUAUGUUUUGGUCGCCCGAAGAUCCCUCCAAGCCCAAUCUCCAGUAUCUCAAGCAGCACUUUUAUCGCGAAGGUCGUCUUUCAGAAGAGCAGGCACUAUGGAUUAUUCACGCCGGUACACAGGUUUUGAAGGCCGAGCCAAAUCUGCUCGAAAUGGAUGCGCCCAUCACAGUGUGUGGUGAUGUUCACGGCCAAUACUACGAUCUGAUGAAGCUAUUUGAGGUCGGUGGCGAUCCUUCGGAAACAAGGUACUUGUUCUUGGGUGACUACGUCGACCGUGGUUAUUUCAGUAUUGAGUGCGUCCUCUACCUCUGGGCAUUGAAGAUCUGGUACCCUGAUUCGCUGUGGCUACUGCGAGGUAAUCACGAAUGCCGUCAUUUGACAGACUAUUUCACCUUCAAGCUGGAGUGCAAGCACAAAUAUAGUGAGCGGAUUUACGAGGCAUGCCUCGAGUCUUUCUGUUCGCUGCCGCUGGCGGCUGUUAUGAACAAGCAGUUCCUCUGUAUCCACGGUGGUCUCAGCCCAGAACUUCAUACUCUUGAAGAUAUUAAAGCUAUCGAUCGCUUCCGUGAACCCCCUACCCAUGGGCUCAUGUGCGAUAUCCUUUGGGCCGACCCUCUCGAAGAAUUUGGCCAAGAAAAGACCGGCGAUUUCUUCAUUCAUAACAGUGUCCGUGGUUGUUCCUACUUCUUCUCGUAUCCAGCCGCUUGUGCGUUUUUGGAAAAGAACAACCUUCUCUCCAUUAUCCGAGCGCACGAGGCUCAAGAUGCCGGGUACCGAAUGUAUAGGAAGACUAGAACAACUGGUUUCCCAAGUGUCAUGACGAUUUUCAGUGCCCCCAACUACUUGGAUGUUUACAACAAUAAGGCGGCUGUCCUCAAAUAUGAGAACAACGUCAUGAACAUUCGUCAAUUCAACUGCACCCCGCACCCAUACUGGCUUCCUAACUUUAUGGAUGUCUUCACCUGGUCAUUGCCGUUCGUUGGUGAGAAGAUCACCGACAUGCUCAUCGCCAUUCUCAACACUUGCUCGAAGGAAGAGUUGGAGGAUGAGACUCCCACCUCAGUCUCUCCCGUCGAGACAAGCAACCCGAUCUCGCCUCCUCCAACGGAUCCCGAGUCCAGCGAAUUCAAGAGGCGGGCCAUCAAGAACAAGAUUCUUGCUAUUGGCCGUCUUUCUCGUGUGUUCCAAGUUCUCCGUGAGCAAUCCGAGAGUGUUACUGAGCUGAAGACGGCGGCUGGCGGUCGUCUACCUGCCGGAACUCUCAUGCUAGGCGCAGAGGGUAUUAAGCAGGCUAUCCAUAACUUCGAGGAUGCCCGAAAGGUUGAUAUUCAGAAUGAGCAUUUGCCUCCUAGCCAAGAAGAGGUCAUCGCGAAGAGUGAGGAGAGUCGCCGCGUGGCACUGGAGCGGGCUGAGCAUGAGGCUGCCAACGAUACCGGGCUUGCCACGGUUGCCCGUCGGAUCAGCAUGUCUGCUGGCUCGGCUCGCCCUCGCCCCCGUGCGCGGGAUCCUCCUAAGGAUGCUUGA